AUGGACAGCUACACAACUAAUUCUUGGCCUUUCAUGAAAAAGCCGCAGAUCCUUCGUCAUGAUGACGGGUAUUUCAUCUUUCGUUUUGACACGAUUGAGGAUUAUGAAACAGUUAUGGAAGCAAGUCCAUACUAUUUCCAUAACAAACCUUUUGUCCUUCAAAAUUGGGACAUUAACUUUGAAUUUGGCCCUGAUUGCAUUAUAACUAUACCUUUAUGGGUAACCUUCCCUGGAUUACCAAUAGGAUAUUGGUCUCCAUAUACCUUAAGCAAAGUUGCUAGUGCAGUAGGUCGACCACUAUAUACAGAUAAGUUCACUGCUGCUAUGAAUAGAAUCUCCUAUCCUAGAGUUCUGGUUGAAACUGAUGUGGCACAUCCCCUCCCGAAUAUUAUUGAAUUGCUCACCCCUACUGGCCCUUUCCAACAACAAGUUGACUAUGAUUGGAAACCAAAGUAUUGUUCUGAGUGUUUGAAGUUUGGUCCUGUUGCUACUGAUUGUUGGAAUGUUGAGAGACAAGCCCACAAUGAACAAGAAUUCCAUGGAGUUAAGAAAAACAGGAGAAGGAGAAAUAGAAAGACACAUCAACAGCCUGAAAAAGAUUGGAAAGCAAAGGGUGUAGUGGAACAAAAGAAUGCAGAAACAGUUGGAAAUACUGAGGCAAAUGAUGGCCCUAAACCAGCUGGCCCUGAACAAGAAAUUGCUCAAUAA